AAUUUCCAUCUGAAAAGUCGCCCUGCGAAAUGGCUCGUAUACUUAUUCUAACAAUCUCACUGGCGUUUGUUCAUUUGUCGCAAUCCUCAAAUGUGACGAUCCAAUUACCCGACCUCAGAAACGAAAAUGGCUCUCAAGCUAUGUUCAACUACCUGGAAUUCAAGUUCACAAUGCUUGAAUAUGAUCUAAAGGAGCAGAACGAAAUCCUCACACGCAAUCAAGCUCGGCUGGAGAGAAAUUACGCAGGGAUGCUUUGGAUGUUGACACAAUUCCAAGAGGCAACUGGCCGAAACAUCACGAUGCUGCUCGACCAAAGCUGGCGGCUAUUGGAGGAACAAAAAAGUUGCUCAAAUCACGAUGAUUGGCGCAAGCAGAUUUUGAAUUUGAAUCCGAUGAAAGCUCCCUCAGAAUAUAUGGAAAUUUUACUGAAGCAUAGAAUCCCUGGUCCAUACGAUUCUUGCAGCACUGAACCGAGCAAAACUUCAGGAAAAUAUAAACUUCAACCGCUUAUAGAAGAGGAAAAAUUUGUUGGAUUUUGUGAACAAACUAAGUUCGGCGGCGGCUGGUUAGUAAUUCAGCAUCGGUAUGAUGGCACGGUUGACUUCUAUCGAAACUGGACCGAGUACAAAAACGGGUUCGGAGACGCUGAGAAAGAGUUCUGGAUCGGCUUGGAACUAUUGCACAAACUUACCUCUUCGAAACCUUAUCAACUUCUGGUCGAGUUGGAAGACUUCACCGGAGUGUCUAAAUAUGCGAAAUAUGCUGAGUUUGAGAUAGGCAAUGAAACCGAAAAGUACGCGCUAAAGAAAUUGGGGACCUACAGUGGAACUGCGGGAGAUUCAUUGGUCUACCAUAAAGGUAUGAAAUUCACUACCGUGGACAGUGACAAUGAUUCGAACACUGCUAAUUGUGCUAUUAUCAAUUCCGGUGCUUGGUGGUACAACAGCUGCCAUCACAGCAAUCUAAACGGAAAGUUUAUAAAUGUUAACGAUGUAUCGUCGAUGACAUGGUACCAUUUCAAGAAUGCCCAUUAUGGAUUGAAAUACUCCCGAAUGAUGAUAAAGGAAGUUAAAUAGUGUCUGAAAGGUGAAACAUUCUUAACAAUGGACGAAUUACGCUCGAAUAGCACUACCACAUUUCUUGUUGUUAUGAUUUAUCCUAAUGAAAUUCAAUUAACGUAGGGUAGUGAACGGCUUCCGUCAUAUUCGAGGAAUAUGAAGACGUCCAAAUGCGCUACAAGGUAUCUAGUAAUUUGUUUGUAGGAAUAAAUUUUACGCAUCUUUUACGUACAUCAAAAUGUGGUUAUAUUUGCAGCCCACAAGGUUAAAGAGGUAACUUUUAGUCUUUCGUUUAGGAGGGCAUAGCAAUUUCUGUCAAAACUAAAGCUCUGAAGCUCUAUCUUACAGGCCAAAUGUUCUAUGCUACUCGACUUGUAAAAAUUUUCAAGCGUUUUUUCGGAUUUCUCUGUGUUAGAGGACUUCUCUUCGCACACCGUAGUGUAUUUAAAUGUGUUUUUUCAGAUAGUUCAUUGCUAUCACUAGGCUGACGGGAUAUCAUGCCUUAUAGUGUGCAGACUUAGUGAUCGAUGUGUCAAGCAGAAAAAGUUGUAAUUGCCUGAAUUUUUAGUAUUGUUUCAAAACACUCUGACUUCAAAGUCAGCAUAGGUUUCAAAUUGCCAGGUACCUUAUCAUAAAUAUUUUAAACGUGUUACCAAAAAGUAUACUUUAUCAAUGAAUGAAUAAAAAGUACAUGGUUCGCUCUCGUUGAACACAUA